CUCGGCCGGCGUAGGUGUAGCAGUGUAGUGCCAGACUGACGCAGCAAUGAAGGGCAAAACAAUUCUUUUCGCUCUUUGUGCGGUGUUAUGGGUGUGUCAGGUCGCUGGGUAUGGGACCUACAGGUAUGAGAUACCCAAUGGGGAGAGGAUUCAACACCCUUGCAAACCCAACUUUUAUUGGAAGGGAGUUGGACAUCGGAAUCAACAAGGUGGAGGUGCCAGAAACCAGUUUGGGUUGGACUUUGCUCGUAAUGGACAUAAGUGGAACCGUGACCUGUGCUUGAAGGAUUCCGAUGGCGAUGGUUUGACCAAUGGUCAAGAACUUGGAGAUCCCCAAUGCACGUGGUCUAAAGGCGAGGUCCCAGCCAGCAUCGAUGGCCUAUCACACCCGGGGGUCUGUACACCCUUUGGGUCUCCAAACUGUAGUGGCAUGAACGACUGGGUCGAUUGUUCAUCAGAGGAGUUCAAUUGUACUGCACUGGAUAGUCCAGACACACAAAAUUUGACGCUACGGUUCCCAAGAACUCAGGUUCCAGCACAAGAGACCACCUACAAAUGUAUGCUAUUUGACGUCCCUCAAGACCAGGACUACCACGUCGUGGCUAUCAAGCCCUACAUCGACAACGACAACGUCAUGCACCACAUCCUCCUGUACGGCUGCGGUGAAUUUGAUGAAACAGGUGACCACCCCAGUGGACCCUAUGACUGCAAUAUGGGAGCCGGGAAUGGCUGUUCGGAUAUUCUUGGAGUAUGGACCCUCGGAAAUCCGGGUUUGUGUUUCCAUGACAAAAUGGGAAUGCUUAUUGGAAAAAAUGGUUACAAGAAAGUAGCCUUGGAGUUUCAUUGGAACAACCCCGCGAGUGAGAGCAAUUGGACUGAUGCAUCUGGGAUGACGUUGUUCUUCACCGACAUCCUGAGACCAUACAAUGGGGGAAUGAUGACCAUUGGUCAAAACUUUCUGGAAAUUCCCCCAGGGCAACCGAAGACCAUUGCUACAGCCACAUGUUCACCUGCCUGCACAUCCGCAGCUCUCAACACAUCCAUCCACGUCACAGCCGCCCUGAACCACAUGCAUUAUCUGGGAAGCGCCCAAUCUGUGGAGCUACGUCGUGACGGUGAAAUGGUACGCUACAUCACCGACGAGCCGGAAUACAGCUACGAUAAUCCAAUAUUCAACCAGUUUGAAGACGAAAUAAUAAUUCAUCCCAAUGACGAGCUUAUUACCACGUGCCAGUACACGUCCACCUACUCCAAGAAGUGGGUCUACUACGGCGAUGCCACGUCAGCGGAGAUGUGUUUUACGUUGAUCUUCUUCUACCCUACAGAGGCUAUGCAAAACAAAUACUGCAUAAAUUGGAAAUCCAUCGAGACCUGUGCCACGAGGCCGGUGAUGGUCAACGGCUGCAACGCCUACGCGUUUGUCUACGGCUAUGAUCCAGAUGGGACGCAACACUACCUGAAGGUCAAGGACAACUGCCAUCAGGGCGGAUCCUGCCACGACGACUGCAGAGCUGCUGUGACGGAGGCUAAGGCUCAUCCCUGUCUGAAAGGAGGGGACAUCGCCGACUUCGUUAUAAACAUGCUUCAUGGGAGCACGGAAGGGUUGGAGUACCUCCGCUUGCUUGACACGUGUCCUACAGACAACGUCUUCCCCUGUCCUACGCCUAAUGCAGGAGCUCAAAAUACUUUCUCUACCGUUCUUCUGCUCCUGAUACAGAUGAUGUUCUAAUGAUACAGAUCCGUCGUACAAUGGAAACUAUUUUCUCCAUAAUGCAAAACAUCAGUUAGCUUCAUUUACCAAGAGUUUUGUAUUUCCAUGUGAACAAUAUUUUCGAUUGAAUUUUUGGGGUUUAAUUCUUGUUCUUAUUUGUCACAACUGUUGUAUUAAAGAAGUUGUCAAUCCACAAA